CUUGCAAAUCUCAACGCGACUGCCCUUACCGGGCGCAGUUCCAACCCAUUCUUUCGACGCGAACAACUUAAAUUCUUACACGACACGCUACGUGGAGAGAUAAAUGCUAUUCGGGAUGCUCUUCGACAAGAUCAGCAUGUUACAGAUGCUGAGGCCACCAUGGAAAUCGCCAUUACGCUGAGACAUCUGAAAACGCAUUAUGCUGGGAUCGACCAGAAGGCAGAGCUCGAAAGUGAAUACAGGCCAACGAAGGCGAAAGAUGCUGCAGAUAGGAGAGAACCAUGGGGAGUGGUGUAUAUUGAACCAAAUUUGGGUCAUACCCCAUUCUUCAGCGUGAUCGAACCGCUAGGCACGGCGAUUGCAGCAGGCAGCUGCAUUGCAUUGAAGCUAGAGAACACUCCUCGAGCCUUGCCCUCGCUACUCCGAUCCCUCCUCCCUAAAGCACUACAGCCAGACGCGUUUCAGAUCAUCUCAACAUCACCACAAGAGGGGACAACAUCGAACGUUCUGUCGGUUCUGCAGGAAACAAACACUGAGCAAUCGAAUUACACUCGACUUGUCUCUGCCUCGGGCAGAGUUCUAGCCGUUGUCGAUCGAACGGCGAACCUCUCUUCAGCGGCAGAGGCUUUGGUAGCCGCACGCUUCAGCUUUGGCGGCACCUCGCCUUACGCGCCCGAUCUAGUCUUCGUCAACGAGUUCGUAAAACGGGACUUCGUAGAGCAAGUAUUGAAACAUGGGAUCCAACACCUCGCGGCGACCUCUUCGAACGCCGUGCCGAAUGCGAGUUCGCAAUCUAAGAAACGGACUACAAGCGACGCUUUGGAAACUUUCUCAGAAAGUAAGCACUGGCAUACAAACAUCAUUACGCAAGGAUCCACAGGCGCCAUCGUCGAGCUCACAAGCAAGAGCACGACGCACGUGCCUCUACCGCCUAGGUCCGACGCACCGGUACUUGCAAUCUCAGCAGUGUCAUCGCUAGAUCAUGCCAUCGAUAUCAUAAACAACGAUCUAGACGACCGUCUUAGCGCUGCGUACCACUUUGCUGCUCCCGCGCAUGCAAAGUACCUCUCCCAGUUCAUCCGCUCGGAGGUUACAUUCGUAAACCAUAUCCCUACCUCACUCCUCUUGGGACCAGGAGCACCUCUUUUCCACGAGUUCGACCUGGAGAACCGAUAUAAGAAAGAGCAAUUCCAAAGGGCAUCACCUGUACUGGUGAGACCUGCGAACACGACUACCAGUACCAGCAAGGACGCCGCGAAGCUGUUGGAGGACGCCGCGAAGGAGAUCAAGGAGCCGAAGCGCGCUGAGUCGAUAGCGAUUGGUUUCUUUGAGCAAGGUAUUCUGAUUGGACUGGGUGUAUUCGGUGUGCCAAUACUGACUUGUUUGGGUGCUUCGUUGUUUUUUGGUGUUAGGGCUGGGCUGAGGAGAUUU